UUUCCAACUACACCUGAAGCUCUCUCUGGUCUGUCUCUGCUACCCCAACUCAACCAUGGGAACUUCCUCCGUCACUCUCUCUCCUCCCCAUUCUCUCUCUUCCUUCCCCAAAACCUUCUCCCACUCAUCCAAUCCUCCUAAGAACUCCACCAUCCUCCAAUUUCAGCUUCGUCGACUCUACCCCCGCGUCCAAGCUUCCAGACGAAUCUCCAAUUUCCCCCAGGUAGGACUAGGGAUUGAAGAUUACGCCGAUGGUGAUGGUGAUGAUGAUGAUGGAGAUGAUGACGAGGAGGAGCAAGAAGAGGAUCGGAGUUUGGAUCUUCUGGUGAAGUUUGUCGAGAACGUUUUUAAGAAGGUGUCGAGAAGAGCGAGGAAGGCCGUUCGAUCUGUUCUGCCCGUCACUAUCUCUUCGAAAUUGGUGGGUUUCUCUGUCAAUGGGGUUAUAUUGCUGGCAUUCUUGUGGAUUUUGAAAGCAUUCCUUGAGGUGGUCUGCACAAUUGGAAGUGUCGUGUUUGUUAGUAUCUUGCUUAUCCGUGGUAUUUGGUCUGGUUUAUCCUAUUUACAACAAAGCCGCAACUAUAGGGCGAAUGAAUAUGAUGACGACAAUCAUGCAUGGACUGGUGCACAGCCUGUAUCUUGAAUUCCCCACUUCCCAAACAGAAAACAAGUUCUGGAUGAUCUCGGGAAAGUACCGUCUUUCUUUCUAAAAGGAAACAAGGGAGUCUGAUGGGAAGAGACCAGAUUUGGCUCCUGUUUCUGGGGAUUAUCAAAAUGCCUUAGCCUAUGUGAAGAAUCAACAAUAGCUAAUCGUGUCCGGCGUCGAUAAUGAAAGCCAGCAUGAGCAUUGGUGAUUCUUUGGCUUUUGGUGGACUGUAGAUUACUAGCAAAGUAACCCAUUGCUUCAGCUGCACUCAUCAGGCAAAAGAGAAAGCCUCUUCAGGAAGCCACUCUUUUUGUCUGCUGGUAUCUCAAGCAAAAGAUGCUUAUUGAUUGUCAUUCGUCAACUGUAAUUUACUCAUACUUUGGGACCAGAGUUUGUUGCCUUUACAGAUGAUCUCUAGUUACAAUAUACGGACAUUCACCAAUUUUUGUAAGGGUGACUUUUUUAUUGUGUCAGGAAGCCGAAAUGUUGUCCCAUUGAACUUGUGGAGGGAUACGCAAGGAAGAUGUAAACAAAAUGGAAGCAAUAAGAGUAAAUUUAGUAGCUUCA